AUGGAUGUUUCCAACGGCAAAAAUAUGUUGAUGUUAUUAUUGUUUGCAGCCACAGUCACCGGUUAUCAUUUAGGUAACGAGUAUGAAACUAACAACAAACGUUUUCCUGAAAACUUUAUGUUUGGUGUGGCAACUUCUGCAUACCAAGUAGAAGGUGCUUGGAAUGUAGACGGAAGGACUCCAAGCAUUUGGGAUAACAUGACACACGAAAACCCCGCGUUUACUCCGGACAGAAGCAAUGGUGAUGUUGCAUGUCUAUCUUACUACAAAUAUAAGGAAGAUGUUCAAAUUCUAAAAGCUAUGGGUGUUAAGCAUUAUAGAUUUUCCAUUUCAUGGUCCAGAAUUCUUCCUACUGGUUACCCAGACCAAAUUAAUGAAGCAGGAAUAACAUACUAUCGAAACCUUAUUAACGAACUCAGAGACAAUGGUAUAGAACCCUUAGUAACCAUAUCCCAUUGGGACCUACCUCUAACUCUUGAAAAGCUGGGGGGUUUUCAGAACCCAGACAUCCAAAAUUGGUUCCCUAAUUACGCCAGAGUACUCUUUCAGAACUUCGGAGAACAAGUUAAGUAUUGGAUCACUUUUAAUGAACCGAGGCAGACUUGUAUGGGAGGAUACGGCUACGGGUACUAUCCACCCGCUGUUCAUUCGGAGGGACUUCUUGAAUAUAGCUGUGCUCAUAAUUUGCUUAGGGCUCAUGCUAGAGCCUGGCAUGUAUAUGAUAAAGAAUUUAGACCUAGUCAGAACGGAAAAAUAUCUAUUGUUGUUGAUACAAGCGCCUACGUGCCAGCUUCUGAUAGCCAAGAAGAUAAAAUUGCUGCAGAUACAAAGUUCCAGUUCGAGUUGGGAUGGUACGCCAAUCCCGUCCACUUCGGAGACUACCCCGAUAUUAUGAAGAGCAGAGUAGCCGAACGCAGCAGAGGCGAAGGAAGGAGCCAAUCGCGGCUACCAGAAUUCACUGAGGAAGAGAAAGCUUUGCUUAAAGGGACAGCCGAUUUCUUUGCUUUCAACACUUAUUCUGCCAAUUUGGUUCAGCACAUGGAUGAUCCUCCAAUCUAUAAUCCUCCUUCUAAAUGGCAAGACAUUGGGGUUAACGAUUUUCAGCCUUCAGAAUGGGCCAACAGUACUCAACCCAGUUGGUUUAAGAUUGCUCCAUGGACAAUGAGGAUUCUUUUGAAUUGGAUAAAAGACCACUACGAAAAUCCUGAAAUUCUUAUUACUGAAAAUGGUUUAUGUACCGAUGAUGACAACAAAAGGAUCAACUAUAUUAGAGAUUAUCUUAGCUACAUUAGAGAUGCCAUGGUAGAAGAUGGAGUUAAAGUAAUUGGAUAUACCGUGUGGAGUAUAAUGGAUAAUUUUGAAUGGCAAUUAGGAUACACACAAAAAUAUGGGCUUUACGAAGUAGAUUUUAAUGAUCCCAAUAGACCGAGGACAGCAAGACCUUCAGCUGAAUUCUACACCAAAGUUUGCAAAACCAGGUGUCUUACUGACAAUUGCAUAGACUAG